AUGGGUCUCUUCGCUGGUCAUGAAUGGCAGCAGAGGUUUUCAGGAGUUGAUGUCGAUCAGGCAUUAUUUCAGCCCUUUCCAUCAGAAAUUAUAUUUCAGAACUACACUCCCUGUGAAGUCUAUGAAGUUCCACUGAUUUUGAGGAACAAUGACAAAAUUCCAAGGAUGGUCAAAGUCGUUGAAGAAAGUUCACCUUACUUUAAAGUAAUCAGCCCCAAAGAUAUUGGCCACAAAGUAGCGCCAGGGGUGCCAUCUACAUUCCGAAUCCUCUUCACUCCAGAAGAGAACAAGGAUUACGCCCAUCUGUUGACCUGUGUUACGGAAAGAGAAAAGUUUAUUGUGCCAAUUAAAGCAAGAGGUGCACGAGCCAUCCUGGAUUUCCCUGACAAGCUGAAUUUUUCCACUUGUCCUGUCAAGUACAACACUCAAAAGAUUCUGCUGGUGCGAAACAUUGGCAACAAAGAUGCUGUGUUUCACCUCAAAACUCAUAGGCCUUUCUCUGUAGAGCCGUCUGAUGGAACUCUUAACGUGGGAGAGACCAUGCAACUGGAAGUGGAAUUUGAGCCGCAGACUGUGGGCAAUCACAGUGGAAGACUUAUCGUGUGUUAUGACACAGGUGAAAAAGUGUUUAUGUCUUUGUAUGGCGCUGCCAUCGACAUGAAUAUAAGGCUGGACAAGAAUUCCUUGUUCAUCGAGAAAACCUACAUAUCUUUGGCCAACCAGCGAACUAUAACCAUUCACAAUCGCAGUAAUAUCAUCGCCCAUUUCCAGUGGAAGAUAUUUGCUAACCAGGAUGAGGAGGAUAGAGAAAAGAAUAGGGUCUGUGAGGAUCUGAUCAAAGAAGAAAAGAAUAAGACUGACGAGUUUCUCGAAGAGUGCAUUGUUGAUCCAUCACUCCGAGAACGUCUUUCCAUUCUCUCCCGCACCUUUGAGAAUCAGAGAAGGCUGGUUCAGGGAGACAACAUGCUCUUCUUGAAUAACAUUUUCACUGUCGAGCCCCUGGAAGGUGACGUCUGGCCCAACUCUUCAGCUGAAAUCAGUGUGUAUUUCAACCCUGUGGAAGCCAAGCUCUACCAACAGACAGUUUACUGCAACAUUUCAGGCCGAGAGCUACGCCUGCCCCUCCGAAUCAAAGGGGAAGGAAUGGGACCUAAGAUUCAUUUCGACUUUGAAUUGCUGGAUAUUGGGAAAGUUUUUGUUGGAUCUAUACAUUGUUAUGAGACAAUACUGUCCAACAAAGGGAGCAUUGACACCCUCUUCAAUGUAAUGCCUCCAACUACGGCUUUGGGGGCCUGCUUUGUUUUCAAUCCCAGAGAAGGCAUUAUCCAACCAAAUGGAGUCCAAGCUAUACAGAUCUCCUUCAGUUCUGCCAUCCUGGGGCACUUCGAAGAAGAAUUCCUAAUCAAUGUCAACGGAUCACCUGAGCCUGUGAAAUUGGUCAUUAGAGGCUGUGUCAUUGGACCUACCUUCCAUUUUAAUGUUCCUGCUCUGAAUUUUGGUGAUGUUUCCUUUGGGUUUCCUCACACCUUGAUUUGUUCCCUCAAUAAUACCUCCUUGGUCCCCAUGACCUUCAAACUGCGUGUCCCGGGGGAUGGCCUUGGAAAUAAAAGCAUUUCAACUUGUGAGCAGAAUUCAAACAAUAAAAAAACAUCUUGGAACAAGGAAGAAAUACCAGCAGUGAAACCAAGAGAAUUCACCGUCACACCUAGCUGUGGCACCAUUCGCCCCCAGGGAUUUGCUGCUAUUCGGGUGACCUUAUGCUCCAACACUGUGCAGAAAUAUGAACUGGCCCUGGUGGUAGACGUGGAGGGCAUUGGAGAAGAGGUGCUGGCGCUCUUAAUUACAGCAAGGUGUGUUGUACCUACCCUCCAUCUGGUUAAUACAGAGGUGGACUUUGGGCGCUGCUUCCUGAAGUACCCAUAUGAGAAAACGCUCCAGCUUGUCAAUAAUGAUGACCUCCCAGGAAGCUACGAAGUUCUGCCUCAGGUAUAUGAGGAUGUACCUGCUGUUCUUCUUUCAAGCCCCAGCCCCUGUGGGGUCAUCCCUCCCCACAGCAUUGUGGACAUACCUCUGGCCCUGGAGACCCAGGUCACUGGAGAAUACAAGUCCAUAGUCUACAUCUCCACCUUUGGGAGCCAGGACCCUCCUAUGGCAUGUCACUUAAAGAGCAUCGGAGAAGGCCCAGUUAUUUACGUACAUCCCACUAAAAUUGAUUUUGGCAAUAUCUACGUCCUAAAAGACUUCUCCAGGGUUCUCAAUCUGUCCAACCAGUCCUUCAUUCCUGCAUUAUUUCAGGCACACAUGGCACACAAAAAGUCCCUUUGGACAGUGGAACCCAAUGAAGGCAUGAUCCCCCCGGAAGCUGAUAUUCAACUGGCAGUGACCGCCAACCUGAAUGACAUAGUGACAUUCAAAGACAUGAUCAUUUUGGACAUUAAAAAUAGCAACACCUAUCAGAUUCCUGUCCAGGCUUCAGGAAUUGGUUCCACCAUUGUUUCAGAUAAGCCCUUUGCUCCAGAACUCAAUUUGGGAGCAUAUUUUAGCCUUGAUACCUAUUAUUACCGCUUCAAGCUGACCAACAAGGGACGUCGUGUCCAACAGCUAUUCUGGAUGAACGACAGUUUUCGCCCCCAGGACAAGCUGAGCAAGAAAGGCCUGGCUAGGAAGGGCUGUGGUGAUAGCCAAGGCUCCAAGGGCUCCCAGAUGCUCAGGGAUCCACAGAGCCCUGUGUUUCAGCUCCACCCCAUCAGGAUGGAGCUGUACCCGGGCCAGACAAUCGAUGUGAUACUCGAAAGCUACUCUGCUACUCCAAGGAUAGUCAAAGAGAAGCUGGUGUGCCAUGCCAUCAUUGGAGCACAAAAGGGGAAGAGUCUGGUGAUGACUGUGAAUGUCAUCUGUGAGUUCAUAGCACCUCUUAUCCAGCUCUCCACCAAGCAGCUCAUAUACCGACUGGAGAAGAAACCUGACACUAUCCUGGAACCUAAUUACCAGCCCUUGGCCAUAAAGAAUGUUUCCACCCUGCCCGUAAAUGUGUUACUGUCCACAACUGGACCCUUCUUUAUAUGUGAGACUGAUAAAUCUCCACUGCCCAUAAUUCCUGAGCCUAUUAAACUGGAGAUUGGUGGAGAAAAAAACCUGCUGGUCAAGUUUGACCCUUCCUGUAGAAAUGAUUUCAACAACUGGGUGGCAGAAGAAAUUCUAGCAAUUAAGUACGUGGAGCACCCUCAGGUAGACAGCCUGAACCUGCGUGGAGAAGUGCAUUACCCCAACCUAAGCUUUGAGACCAUGGAGCUGGAUUUUGGCUGUAUCCUGAAUGACACGGAGGUGAUUCGCUAUAUUACAAUCACCAACUGCAGCCCAUUGGUUGUGAAGUUCCGCUGGUCCUUCCUGGUGGAUGAUGAGGAAAAUCAGAUAAGGUUUGUGCAAUGGCUGAGGAAGCUCUACAGUGCCCGCCUGUCCCAGGUGGAUUCCAUCCCAGCAACCUCAGCAUCUGCAAGCUCACCAGCAGUCCCAGCUGCACUGGAUUCCUCCGGGAUUGAUUUAAGUGAUUUUGUUAAGACUGUCAUGGAGGAUGAAGACAAUGAGGACUAUGAAAAAGAACACAAAAAAGCUCAGCCAGGAGCUGUGGUUAUUCCAGAAGCAUUAAAAGUGAAUUCUGCUGAAACAGAAAGAGUAUGCCCAAGCCAGAGCCAGGUGGAGUUUCAUGAAUCCUUAUGGAUCUUUGAACACGAUGAAAUGCUAUCCCUUGGGAUAGAAGAGGUGUUUGAUAUUUUGCCCCUUUAUGGAGUGUUGCAGCCACACAGUAGCCACCAGGUAUCUUUUACCUUCUAUGGACACUGUGACAUCUCUGCACGUGCAAAAGCUCUGUGUGAAGUGGAAGGAGGGCCCACCUAUGAAAUAAUACUGAAAGGAGAAGCAUCCCUGGUCAACUAUUCCUUUGACACCAAGGAAAUCAACUAUGGACUACAGCUGUUUGACCAUGUUACAGAAAGUGAAAUCACACUGAAGAACACUGGGAAAGUUGGCUUUGAGUUCAAGGUUCUGAGUGACCCCCUGUCUUUGCCAGAGAGCCUUCUGCCUGGAGUGCCACUAAUCCUGCCCCUCUCAGGUUUUAUCGAGUCACACAAAGAACAGGUGUUGAAGGUUUACUACUUACCUGGAGUACCUGAGGUCUUUCAUAGGAGUUUCCAGAUACAGAUAGCCCACCUGGACCCAGAAAGUAUCAUUCUGAGUGGAGAAGGAAUCUUUCCCCGAAUCUGCCUCGAUCUCCCCAGGAACCUCAAAGGAAAUGAAAAGUAUGAAACUUUCUUGAAUCAAGCCAAAAAAAACCUAGAGUAUGACAAAUAUGAUACUAUGGAUCACUUAGAAAUAAUAACUGAGGAGACGCCUGAGUAUGAAUCUACUGAGUUUAGUGCUCAGCUCCAGAUGGAAGUAGAGAGACUUAUAGUCCAAGGGUAUGCCCUAGAACAUCAGAAAACAAUUACCCCUGAUCCCAUAGAUGACUCCUGCCUCAUCCAUCGGAGUCGCCGCAAACUGGCCAAAGUCCAGCUGCCAGAGUAUAUCCUGGACUUUGGCUACAUUAUCCUUGGUGAUGUUCGAACCCACAUCAUCAAGAUCACCAACACCAGUCACUUUCCAGUGUCCUUCCAAGCAGAAAAGCGUGCCCUUCAUGACUCAGGCUUCAGUACUGAGCUAGACCGCGUAAAGAAUCUGCCUUACUGUGAAACGGAAACAUUUGAAGUGAGAUUUGACCCACAAGGGGCCAAUCUUUCUGUUGGAAACAAAGAAGUUAUAAUGCCCAUCAAGGUGGUUGGAGGGCCAACAGUUCAUGUCUGCCUCAAAGCCAAAGUGACCAUUCCAAGUAUGACAUUGUCUUGUGGAAAAGUGGAGUUUGCCACAGUUCAGAGUGGACAGUGCCUCGUGGAAACUAUUCAACUUUUUAAUCAUCUCCAAGUCCCUUGCGAAUGGUUUGUCCACACCCAUAAGCCUGUUGACAAGCUGGGGAAGCACAUGCCAAAGUACUUAAGACGGAAACUACGUGCUGAAUUAAAGCCAAAGACACGGAUUUUUGAGAUUCAACCCACUUCUGGAGUAUUGGACCCUGGUGAACGGUUCAAUGUGCAGGUGAAAUUCAUGCCAACAGAAGAGAAAUUCUACAGCCAAACACUGGUGUUCCAGAUUGCCCAGAGUGCUCAGAAACUUACGCUGCUGGCUCAGGGGCAAGGUCUGGAGCCUCGCCUGGAAUUUAAUCCUUCAGUUCUGGAGCUGGGGCCGCUGCUGCCUUAUGCACCUGGAGAUGAGGCUGAGUUGGUGGUGAAAAAUCCCUGCAGCUUUCCCAUUGAGUUUUACUCUUUAGAAUUUGACCAGCAAUAUCUCAUAGAAGAGAAGAUCUUACGGAAGCUGAAGGGCUAUGAUUCCUUCAACACCCUGCUGCUGCCUCCCCGCACCCCAGGGGAGAAGCUGCCCCCAGAGGUGUAUGAGUACUUUAAGGAGAUGAAGCGGUCAAAAGAGGAGCAGAUGAAGGCAAAGUAUAUGGAGUCCCUUGCUCAGGAGAAUGAAGAGGAAGACGGGCCCUCAUCAGAGCAAGGAACUUCCACCAGCACAAAAAGGACCUCACUCAGCCGAGGAAUUUCUGUCACGUCCAAUCUGGAAGAGCGGCACAUCCCUAUGGUCGAGUCCAAAACCUACCCAGACGAAGACGACGAUGACGAGAGCUUAGAAAAAAUCAUGUUUCAAACUGACAAGAUACAGAGCAGUGACAGCCACUCCGUGGAGGAGGUUGGAGAAGUAGAAAACAACCCAGUGAGCAAGGCCAUCGCCCGCUACCUGGGCAUUGACAUUUCUGCAGAAGGCCGCCUGGCCAAGAACCGGAAGGGCAUCGCCGUUAUUGUCCACGGGACGCCCUUCUCAGGAAAGUCUGCCACCUCUGUCAGCCUGGCCAAGUACUACAAUGCGGCCUGCUUGAGUAUUGACUCCAUCGUACUAGAAGCCAUCUCCGACAGUAACAACAUCCCAGGCAUCCGCGCCCGUGAGCUCUGCAUCAAGGCCGCAAUUGAGCAGUCCAUGAAGGAAGGAGAAGAGUCUACCCAGGAGACUACUUUGAACCCAAACAUCACAGGACAAGUACGACUAAGCAGCGAGACCUUGGGCAAGUUCACUUCAGAAUCCACUUUGGUAACUCCCGAAACGAAACCUGGGAAGAAUUUGCGUGGGAGCGUACUGAUUGGCAAAAACAAGGCAGAGAGUCAUGGCUCUGGGUCUCAGAAGCAGCAUCAUCUGCACUCAUCUGAAACACCACAGAUUUCCUCCAGCCCUCAACCCUUUGGGCCCACCCAGCGCAGGCUCAGUGUCAGCGCCAGCAUCGGGGGAGAGACCGGGCUGAUGAGCUGUGUGCUCCCUGAGGAGCUACUUGUGCAGAUUCUGGCCGAGCGAAUACAGCUGAGUGACUGCUACCGAGGAGUAGUGUUUGAUAGCCUCGAGACGCUCUUUGCUCGGAAUGGGACUGCCGCUCUCCUCUGCCUGCUGAAAGCCAUCGGCAACCGGGAGCACAUCUACGUUAUCAAUAUGGCUCAAGACUAUGCAGCCAUGAAGGCCCAGGAGAAAGCUAAAAAGGAACAAGAAGAGCAUAAACGCAGGGAAGCUUUUCUGAAAGAGAAGGAGCGGCUCCAGAAUAUGGACGAGGAAGAAUAUGAUGCCUUGACAGAAGAGGAGAAGAUCUCGUUCGAUAGAGAGGUUCAGCGGGCUCUCCGGGAGAGGAAGAAGAGGGAGCUGGAGAGGCUGGCAAAAGAGAUGCAAGAAAAGAAGCUGCAGCAGGAGCUUGAGCGUCAGAGGGAAGAAGAUGAGCUGAAACGGAAGAUUAAAAAACCCAAGCAGGGCCCCAUAAAGGAGGAAAGCCCGCUGAAGAAACCUCAGGCUACCAGCCGGCAGGUUCUUACUUUUUCCAAACUAGAGGUAAAGAUGGAAGCAGUAGAAAGGAAAAUAUCUGUUAAGGAGCAAGGACUGUCUGAGAAAGAGGAACUAAACAAGAAAAGAAAGAACCAACUGACAGAUGUCAAUUUCCUUGGGUUUCCUCUUAUCCAGGAAGAGGAAAGUGAAAAGGACUUACUCCUGAAGGACACUGACAAGCACUUGGCCCACAGGUUCAAGAACUAUGAGUUGAGUUUAAAGGAUAUCCAAAGCAUCCUCAUGUAUUGGGACCGGAAGCAAGGAGUUCAGCUGCCUCACACAGGGACCGACGAGGUGCCCCAUGAGCCCGACGACCAGCGCCAGGUCCCAUCAGGUGGGCGCAGAGGCCGCAAGGACCGGGAGAGGGAGCGCUUGGAGAAGGAGCGAGCAGAGAAAGAACGCCAGGAGCGGGAGAAGGCUGAGAGGGAGCGUCUGGAGAAGCUGAGGGCAAUGGAAGAGCGCAGUGAUGUGGGAGAGGGAGAAGGGGACGAGGACCAUGAGGGGAAAAAGGACGUAGGUGUGCCAUUCAUAAACAUCCAGACUCCAGACUUUGAAGGCUCAAGUUGGAAGCAGGCCCUGGAGAAUGACAAGCUUCCUAAAGGAGAUCAGAUCCUAGACAUCUUAGGUCUGGGUUCCUCUGGACCACCCAUCCCGCCUCCUGCCUUGUUCUCAAUAAUCCCAUACCCUGUGAAGCGUCUGCCUUUGGCCCCAACGGACAUCCUGAAGCAUUUCAUUUUUGUCAUCCCACAAUCAGAAGAGCUCUCCAUGAUGGAGGAUAAAAAAGAAGUGGAGGCAGAAACAGAGCUCUUAACCCCCACGGUCACUGUAAAGGCCCAAGAGGAGCAGACCACCCCAUCUAAAGGAAGCAGACAGAAACUGAAAGAAAAAUCGGAGCAAUCCCGCGAGUCUCAGAAGGACAAACGUCGCAUUGGCGUUAACAGGAAGGGCCUUUCUGGGGGAACUCCUGGAGCCAUUGCCCCCCUGUCGGACAUAGACCAGAACAACUUCACUGGGCAGCCCUCCCAGGAAAAAUUCAUCAGGCUGAAUCAUUUCCGUUGGAUCGUACCAGCCAACGGUGAGGUGACUUUGAGAGUGCACUUCUCUUCUAAUGAUCUCGGAAACUUUGACCAAACUUUUAACUUUGAGAUCCUUGGAACUUGCCGCCAGUACCAGCUCUAUUGCCGGGGUGUCUGCACUUACCCGUACAUUUGCCAAGACCCAAAAGUGGUAUUCCCUCAGAGGAAGAAGGACAUAAAGACAAAUGAGGUCAUCUUUAAGAAGUAUGUUAUGAGCAUGGACAGGUUUUACUUUGGGCCACUGCUUUGUGGAAAAUCAAGAGAUAAGUACAAGUCAUCCAUCUUCCCAGGUAACAUGGAGACACUGACGAUCCUGAACAGUUCCCCAAUGCUCGUGGAGGUGUACUUCUGUUUUCAACAUGAUGUCAGGGCAAACACCUACUUCUUGGAGCCCACCACCAUGAUUCUUAAACCCAAUGAGAAACAGAUGCUAACCGUGUGGGCCUACCCGACUGCAGUUGGCGUCUUUGAAGACAACAUCGUCUGCUGCAUCAAGGAGAACCCAGAGCCAGCUAUCUUCAAAUUAAGCUGCCAGGGGAUCCGCCCUGAACUGGAGCUGGACCACAGGCAAUUGCAUUUUGACCGGCUCUUGCUGCACAGAAAAGAAUCCAAGAUAGUCCUCCUCCGCAACAUCACGCCCCUGCCUGUGGCCUGGCGGAUCUCCAGCCUGGAGCACCUGGGCGAUGACUUCACUGUGUCAAUGAUGCAGGGGACCAUCCCCCCCAAGUCUGAGUACGGCUUGCAGGUGCACUUCCAGCCCUCCAAGCCCAUCAACAUCAAGAAGGCUAUUCGCCUAGAGGUUUUAGAUGCAGAAAAUCUUGUUGGCAUUGUUCAAAUUGAAAACAUCCUGAUCUUUGCAGAAUCAUACGACAUUGCCUUGGACAUCACCUUCCCCAAAGGAGCCGAAGGAGGCCUCGAUUUUGGGAUUGUGCGGGUCAUGGAGGAGGUGAAGCAGCCCCUGCAACUGAAGAACCGCGGGAAAUAUGAGAUCAUUUUCAGCUUUUCUGUGGACUCAUUAGGGACAUCAGUGACCAAUUUAAAUUCCACAAUCUCAGUCCAACCCAAGAAGGGCUCACUGACCACAAUGGAAAAGCCCACAAAUGUCCAGGUGUUGUUUCGUGCAAAAAAGGAAGUGAAGAUCGAGCACCUGCCCAUCCUGCGCUGUCAUAUUAUUGAGCCUAGUAUUGUGGAAGGAGGUGAGAUCAUUGCCAGCAUCCCAAUUAAGUUUUCUGUGAAUGCAGUGUUCUCCAAAUACAACAUCAGCCCUUCCUCCAUCAUCAACUUUGGGGCUUUGAUCUGUGGCACUCGUAAAAGCACCACAUUCACCAUAGAAAAUCAAGGUGUUACUGACUUCAAAUACGUCCUGUAUAGGCUGACGGGGGAGAGCUCCAUUCAUCAAAAAAAAGCAACUGGUCAUAUUAAACAUGGAAGAUCCAGGGAAAGCGAGAGCUUCUACAAGACCGGCCCUUCCAAAUCUGCCAAGUUCUCUGACACUAUUCCGAAAGAAGUAAAUAUUCCAAACCAGGCUCGCUUCACCCAUGGAAUGUUCACUGUGUACCCUGGUUUUGGUUCCAUUCCUUCCGGAGGACAGCAGGUCAUCACUGUCGACUGUGUGGCUGACCCUGUAGGAAGGUGCGAGGAGUUUAUAGCCAUCGACAUCUCCGACCGAGACCCUAGAGACCAGCCUGCUGGUAUUCCUUAUACGCUGUUGGCCGAAGCCUGUAUGCCAGCUUUCGUGACAGACAACAAUGCCUUGAUAUUUGAGGAGCACCAGAUCUGCUCCAGCCCCAACCUGUACCACAUCCUGCAGACCACAGAGAGUAGGGGGCUGUUCGUGGAGGAUGAGAACAAGUUCAUCUUCUGCAAUGUCCUGGUGGGCCAUCAGGCCAAGGCCCGGUUCAAAAUCAGCAAUGUGGGAAAGAUUGCCUGUGAUGUGAACAUUGUGGUUAAGCCUGUCUCCAAUAAGGCCAUUGCCCGCAUCACCGACAUCUUUGAAGUGGAACCCAACAAGAUGUGUAUUGCCAGUCGCUCGCAUGCCUUUGCCACGGUGUCCUUUACCCCGCAGACCAUGCAGACCUAUCAGUGUAUCUUUGAGGCAGCACUGGAUGGCUUGCCCAGCAACCUGGCCAAGAACCGAAGCCUUGUGUUUGAUAUCAUGGGAGAGGGGAACCUCCCUCGAGUGAUCGUUGUACGGCCAGUUCUCUAUAACCAACUUGGAAACCCCUUUCUCCUCUUUAAGAGGCUUUUGCUUGGUCAUUCAGAGAAACUUCCUCUCAUCCUCAAGAACAAUGGCACCAUCCCAGCCCAGCUGCAUGUUGACCUUCGGGACCAACUAGGAGUCUUCUCCCUGAAAGGAAGACCCACUACCUCCUAUAUCUACAUUGUAGAAGAAAACAAACCAAAUGAAAAAGCAAAGAAAGCUCACACAGCUUCCCUCAUUGUUUCUCCUGGAGAGACAGCUGAAUUUGAUGUACUUUUCCACUCCCAGAAAGUUGGGAGAAUGGCAGGCACCAUCCGUUUGUCAGUGGUCGACAAUCAAUAUGAGGAGACCAUCAUCCACAUGGUGGGAGAGGGCUAUGAAGACGACAUCACCCUGGACAAUGUCCACGGGCUGGUGGCUUCCAACAGCCAGGAGGCUUCAGAUAUCUCCGAUAUCACAGAGGUCUCCGAGGAAAACAUUAUGGAAGACGUGGUAGCAGCUGCUCUGGUGGACCACAUCCACUUUGGGGACUGCCACAUUGGCAACAGCUAUACCGUGAGCUUCACAAUCACUAACCACAGUCAAGUGAAUGCGAUACGGUUUGAAUGGCCUGUUUUAGCUACACUUUCUUUCUCCCCACAGAUGGGACACCUCCACCCUGGAUGUGCCAAGGACAUAGUGGUGACCCUGAAGUCGGACUUGCCCAUCACCCUGAAGAAGAUGAGGGUCAAGUGCAAGCUCUCCAAGAUAGUAUUUCAGCUCCCUGCAGACCAGGUCCCCGACUGGGAUGACCGCAUGCGCACAGUCAAGUGGGUGGACAUGUUGAGGAACAUGCCCGGGACUUUCACCACGAAAAGAAAAGUGAUAGAGACAGAUCCUGAGCCUGCCCAUACCAUACUGGAAGAAAACUACCGAGAACUGCAGCUACAGAUCAGUGCCAAUGUGGAUUUUGCUUCAUACCGGUGCCAGACGAGUGAUGUAUGCUUUAAGGAAACACUGGUUUACCAGACCCGAGUGUUUGAGCUUGAUCUGAUUAAUUCAGGAAAUGUGCAGCUGGAGUUCAGCUGGGUCUCAGAAGAGACUGGGAAGGCUGUCAGCUUUGCAAUGCCAGAAAACCAAGGUUCCUCUAAUAAGGAUCAGCUUAGCCAGGGCACACUGCGCACGGGCAGCUCUCUGGAUAGUGCCAUGGAACACUGGAACGACAGCUUUCCGUCACCCUUCUGUGUGGAUCCCCCCUCAGGCAUUGUGCCUGUGGGGAAACAUCAGAAGCUCAAAGUGAAAUUUUCCCCAUUGGAAGUUGGAGACUUUGAGAGUAACCUUUUCUGCCAGAUUCCCAACCUGCCACCUGGAGAACAAGGCCCAGUCCUGGUAGUGAAAGGGCGAAGCUUCUUACCUGUCUGCCAUUUUGACCUGAAAGACUCAGACUACAUCAGCGGUCAUCGGCGCAACCCAGAGCUCCGAGGACCUAGUGGUGGGGCUGUGGAUCCGAACACCCGAGUGAUUGAGUUCACCACUGUGGGCAUAGGUGGGAAGAAUCUCCGGACCUUCACAAUAAUGAACCCGACCAGUAGCACCUACUCCUUCUCUUGGAUCUCUGAUGAAGUUGAAAGUCUCCAGAACCCUCCAGCUUUCACAUGCCUUACAGAGAAGGGCUUCAUCCACCCUGAAAAGAAAGCUGAGAUUGUGUUCCAGUUCACGCCUUUCCAUCUAGACAUCACGGAAUCAUUCUGGACUUUCUUAAUCCCAGAACAUAACAUCAAAGUUCCUUUCCUGCUGGUAGGCAAAACCACUGACCCUCUCAUCUCUCUGGACCAUUCGCACCUCAACUUCAGUUGUCUCCUCAUUGGUAGAGAAGCCAGAGAAACUGUGCAGAUCAUCAACAAGGAGGAGGAGGGGUUCAGUUUUGCUUUCCAGGACAACUCUCGAUAUUCUGAAGGCUUCAGCAACAGCCUGACUGUAUCUCCCAUGGAAGGCUGGGUCCCACCACUGUCCAGGUUGCCUAUUGGUAUUUUCUUCACGCCUAAGCAUGAAGGAGAUGUAAACUUUAAUUUGAUCUGCAAUGUGAAAAGGAAAGCCCAUCCUCUGACUUUAAAUGUCAAGGCUGAGGGCUACACUAUGAAUGUGGAGAUUAGAUGCAAGGACAGGACUGGCUUGGUCACUCUCUUGACGCCCAACCAGACCAGUAUCAUCAACUUUUACGAGGUGGAGUUAAAUGAAUGUGUCCAGUGUGAAUUAAGCUUUAUCAACACUGGAAAAUUCAACUUCAGCUUCCAGACGGAGCUGUCUGGCUCUAAAGCCCUGCUGCAGGACUUGGAAUUCUCACCUGUUGAUGGCACUGUGGAUGUGGGGCAGAGUGUACAUGCCACCUUGUCUUUCCAACCAUUUAAGAAGUGUGUCUUGAAGGGCCUGGAACUCAGAAUCAAAAUCAGCCACGGCCCAACAUUUACGUGCAGCAUCAUAGGCUGCUCCGUGAGCCCAGCCGUGCAUUUCUCCUUUACCAGCUACAACUUUGGGACCUGCUUCAUUUACCAAGCAGGGAUGCCCUCCUACAAACAAAUCCUGGCUGUCACCAACAAGGAAGAAACGUCCAUGAGCAUAGAUUGUUUGUAUACCAACACCGCCCAUCUCGAGGUGAACUUCCGCGCUGAAGUGAUAAAGCCAGGAAAGACACUGAUGAUUCCAAUCACGUUCUAUCCUCGAGAAAGUAUCACUUAUCGAGAACUCAUCCCCUUUGAAAUAAAUGGGCUUUCACAACAAAUCAUUGAAAUUAAAGGGAAAGGCACUGAAAUGAAGAUUUUAGUCCUAGAUCCAUCCAAUAGGAUUGUGAAGUUAGGAGCUGUUCUGCCAGGACAGGUUGUGAAAAAGACGGUUUCCAUCAUGAACAACAGUCUUACCCAGCUCACAUUUAACCAGUCAGUCUUGUUCUCAAUUCCAGAACUCCAGGAACCCAAGGUAAUCACCUUGACACCCUUCAACAACAUCAGUCUGAAGCCCAAAGAAGUCAUUAAGCUGGACGUGGUCUUUGCCCCAAAGAAGCGUAUCCCUCCCUUCUCUGAGGAGGUGUUCAUGGAAUGUAUGGGGCUCCUGCGCCCCCUCUUCCUUCUCAGCGGCUGCUGCCAGGCCUUAGAGAUCUCCCUGGACCAGGAACAUCUUCCCUUUGGACCUGUCGUGUAUCAGACACAAGCCACACGUCGCAUCCUCAUGCUGAACACGGGCGACGUGGGUGCCAGAUUUAAAUGGGAUGCCAGAAAAUUUGAGCCUCAUUUCUCCAUCACCCCAGAAGAAGGCUAUAUCACUGCGGGCAUGGAGGUUUCUUUUGAAGUGACCUACCAUCCCACGGAGGUGGGAAAGGAGAGUCUCUAUAAAAACAUGCAGUGCUUCAUCCAGGGAGGCAGUCCUCUGACUCUCACCCUGUCUGGAGUCUGCGUGGGACCACCUGCAGUAAAAGAGGUGGUGAACUUCACCUGCCAGGUGCGCUCCAAGCACACACAGACCAUCCUGCUUUCCAAUCGCACCAACCAGACCUGGAAUCUGCACCCCAUCUUCGAGGGUGAGCAUUGGGAGGGGCCCGAGUUCAUCACCCUGGAGGCCCAUCAGCAGAACAAGCCCUAUGAGAUCACCUACAAGCCACGAACGAUGAAUGUGGAAAAUCGAAAGCAUCAGGGGACCCUCUUCUUUCCCCUUCCAGAUGGGACUGGUUGGCUGUAUUCUCUGCAUGGGACUUCUGAGCUCCCCAAAGCUGUGGCCAAUAUCUACCGUGAAGUGCCAUGUAAGACACCCUACACUGAGCUCCUGCCAAUCACCAACUGGCUGAACAAGCCCCAGAGAUUCCGGGUCAUUGUGGAAAUGACAAAACCGGAGAAGACGGACCUAAGCGUCACCCUAAAGGGCCUUGAUUACAUUGAUGUACUGUCUGCCUCAAAGAAAGACUACAAGUUGAACUUCUUUUCCUACAAGGAGGGACUGUAUGCUGCAAAGGUGAUCUUCCGAAACGAAGUGACCAACGAGUUCUUACACUACACAGUGAGUUUCAGGGUCAUCCCUUCAGGCAUCAUCAAAACCAUCGAGAUGGUGAGCGUGGUCCGGCAGAGUGCAUCAGCCGCCAUCAAGCUGGAGAACCCCCUGCCCUACUCGGUGACCUUCUCCACAGAAUGCAGGGUGCCCGAAAUCAGCCUGCCCUCCCAGUUUUCGGUGCCAGCUAACUGCGAGGGCACAUUCUCAUUUGAGUUCCAGCCCCUGAAAGCUGGAGAAACCUUCGGGAGACUAUCUUUGCACAACAGUGAAUUGGGUUACUACCUGUAUGAGCUCAGUUUGAAAGCCAUCCCCGCACUACCUGAAAAGCCCGUCCACUUCCAGACUGUUAUUGGCAGCAGCCAGAGCAUCUUUGCCAAGUUCACCAAUUAUACCCGGCAGAAGACAGAAUACCUCUGCAGGACCGACUGUCCAGACUUCCACACAGAAAGAGUCAUUAACGCAGCCCCAGGAGCCCAGGGAGGCACCGAGGUCAGCGUGGAAGUCAUCUUUGAGCCCAGCCACCUGGGUGAGACCAGGGGCACCCUGAUCCUGUCGUCACUCACAGGCGGGGAGUAUAUCAUACCCCUCUUUGGAAUGUCUCUACCCCCCAAGCCCCAGGGGCCCUUUCUGGUUCGAGCCGGCUACAACAUCAUCAUCCCCUUCAAGAAUGUUUUCUACCGUACGGUGACCUUCUCCAUCAUUGUGGAGAACCCGGCCUUCACCAUCCGCGCUGGAGACUCCGUACGGCCCAAGAAGAUCAACAACAUCACAGUCUACUUUGAAGGAAACCCCUCGGGCAGCAAAACACCCAUCACCAGCAAGCUGAUUGUGUCCUGCCCUCCUGGGGAAGGCAGUGAAACAGGAAUUAAGUGGGUGUACUAUCUGAAGGGGAUCACCCCUUAGAGGUUACCAGGGUCAGUUGCAUCAAUAAAAAGCUGUCUCCUCAGCCUUAGUAUCUAUGUAUUGUUCUAGCCUGACAAAAGAUAAAGAAUAAGAAUCCCAAAGGUACUCUUUUAUCCUCCUCAUUCAAUUAUAGGUGCCGUUACUUCCAUAGUAUACAUAUUCCAAAUAUAUAUAUAUUAAACAUAGUAGCUGCAUACAGCAGACCUAUAUUUUAGAUAAUUGGCUCCUUGUCAGUCCUUGAAUUUAACUAUUUAACAUAUCCCCAGAGCUCAGGUAUUCUGUAAAAAUCCCCAUUUUUAACAAGACAAUUAUCACACUCAUGACCUUGUAUCAGAGAGCACUUAGCAGUUCAUGAUCUGGAGCACUGCAGUUUCUUUUUAAAAUCCAAUGUUUUAAACAGUCUUUAGAUGUGACUCUAUGUGUUAUUUUAUUCUGCUUUCACAUAAAAGCCAAAUAAGUAACUAUUUUCAUAAUGAUUUACAGAUAACUUUAGGGCAACCAUGGCAGGGACAGGGGCCAAGGAAGCUCCCAUGCACUUUUUUCUUGGCUUUUCUGUCAAUCUCUGAAUCCCAUGUCUGUUCCUGCUGAUGGCCAGGUUCUGGAAAGGCAC